AAGUCACUAGAUGGCUGCAAAGCGCUGGUUAUCAAAACGGAACAAUUGAAAUAUCGUCGUAUGUUGCUAAGGGAAACUUUACGGGGACGUACUGAUUUGUCGUCAACACCAAAGUGUCAUAGCUACAUGCCUCACUCUGAGCACUGACAGCCAGCAGUCAACCAUGAAUGUGAACCCGGGGACGGUGGGCAGCGACCCGGUCAUUCUGGCCACGGCUGGAUACGACCACACUGUCCGGUUCUGGCAGGCUCACAGCGGGAUCUGCACCAGGACAGUCCAGCACCAGGACUCUCAAGUGAAUUCACUUGAGGUCACACCUGACAGGAGCAUGAUUGCAGCUGCAGGUUAUCAGCACAUCCGCAUGUACGACCUGAACUCCAACAACCCCAACCCGGUGAUCAACUACGAUGGCGUUAGCAAGAACAUCACGUCCGUGGGCUUCCACGAAGACGGCCGCUGGAUGUACACAGGAGGAGAGGACUGCAUGGCUCGCAUAUGGGACCUUAGGUCAAGAAACCUACAGUGUCAAAGGAUAUUCCAGGUCAAUGCUCCAAUAAACUGUGUAUGCCUGCAUCCCAACCAGGCAGAGCUCAUUGUCGGAGACCAGAGUGGAGUGAUUCAUGUCUGGGAUCUGAAGACUGACCACAACGAACAGCUGAUUCCUGAGCCAGAGGUCUCGGUCAACUCAGUUCACAUUGACCCAGAUGCCAGUUACAUGGCAGCUGUCAACAGCUCGGGAAACUGUUAUGUGUGGAACCUUGCUGGAGGCAUCGGAGAUGAGGUGACUCAGCUCAUCCCCAAGACUAAGAUCCCCGCACACAAACGCUACUCCCUCCGCUGCAAGUUUAGCCCUGAUUCCACCCUGUUGGCCACCUGCUCAGCAGACCAGACCUGUAAGAUCUGGAGGACGUCCAACUUCUCCCUGAUGACGGAGCUGAGCAUCAAGAGCAACAAUCCCGGAGAGACGUCCAGAGGCUGGAUGUGGGACUGUGCCUUCUCCGGAGACUCCCAGUAUAUUGUCACUGCCUCCUCAGACAACCUGGCCCGUCUGUGGUGCGUGGAGACCGGGGAGAUCAAGAGGGAAUACAGCGGCCACCAGAAGGCCGUGGUGUGUCUGGCCUUCAAUGACAGCGUGCUGGGCUGACGAGGAGGAGGAAAGAGAUGAAGAGACCGGAGAUUGCAGGCAGUCUGUGCAGAGGUGAAACAAGGACAGAAAAGUGUGGACUCUUUGCAGGAUGUGCCUCAAUUGGGAACAUCACGAUGAAUCUCAGCUGUGUGUUCCAAGAUUUCUACAGUGCUCUUUCAUGCCAGAUGCCCUUAAGUACUCGGCAUAGCAGCAAAGUCGAAAAUCUUAAAGGGCCAAGCACACCAUUUUGCACCAAAUCUAAGCCGUUGUAUGGGAAAACGUCUGCACCAAGGGUGUAGAAAUCGGUAUAAGUCGGAUUCAAAUAUGAAGUAUUCAUCAACAACCCUUCAUGUUUUUAACCUCAUCACUCUGUGCACAAUAGGAGAGCCUCUCAACUCUUUGUUUUUAUAGUGCACCAUAUUUAUUGUGUUAACCACGUUUCACUUCAUCUUGGAUGUGCAGCGGAAUCGAUUUAUUCCUCGUGUGAUAAUGUAGAAUUCAUUCGAUACUCUUUAUUCCAAGUUAGGUUGUGCUAUUCUUAAUAAUCCCAUGUGCGUUAGGAAGUGUCAAGAGAAAAUGAUGUACAGAAAUUGAUUCCGCAGUAAAGUCCUUACAGUCUUUGA